AUGGGAGCACGCGAAAGUUGUGGACUUAUAGUAUUCGGUAGAAGAGAGGGAAACUAUGCAGCAUAUGGACUCACUGACCCAGAAGGCAAGUUCCUUACCAAAUUGUACUGCAAAAAUCUAAAAUCACUAAAAUAUCAAUAAGUCUGCUAUGCGGAUUUAUUGAGAAUGCUAUCUGAAGCAAUAGAGACGGAUGAAGAAAUUCUAGAUACUUAGAUGUCUACUAAAUUAUUUUUGUCUUGGAAGGAGGAAUUAAAGCCCUAUCUUGUUAGGAAUAGUCAGCUAGAUCAUUAGAGUUAAACAAAGACCCCUCCGUAGAUGUUCGAUGUGAAACUUGAUGAUUUUUAUCUGCUCUGGCAUAACUCUAUUAAAGCAUAUGAAUCUAGAGAUGCUGAUAGUACAGGUUGUUGCGGGGGCCGAAUGAAGCAUCGAUAACUUUCGGAAUAGUUAAUCGGUCAAACAUUUACGCCUAGAGCUCCAGAGGGAAGUGAGAGACUUAAAGCCUAUAAAUCAAUUACUAAAGGUUCUCAUGAAUCCCUAGAUAACAAUAAAAAUGACAAAUGA